AUGCGGCUCCACUAUCUUCUCUUUGCAUUAGUCUUCUUGUUCUUGGUUCCUGUUCCAGGUAACGGAAUAUUCAUAAGUGCAAUACAAAAAUAUUUCUGCAAAAUAAGAAGCGGCAGGUGUGCCAUCCUGGGCUGCCUUCCAAAGGAGGAACAGAUAGGCCGCUGUUCAUUAGGCGGCCGGAAAUGCUGCCGACGAAAGAAGUAA